AUGACGACCUACGCCACCUACCGAGUCGCCGAAUUCGGCCUUCCGCGCGACCACCAACUCCUCUUCGUCGAGACGCACGAAUCCGGCCCUCGAUCCGGCCACAUCUACCACGUCAUCGGCAACAUCCAAGAAGGCAUGACCUUCAACCAUCGCCCUGGCGGGCCGCCGGAAGAGGAGCCCUCAUUUGCUACGAAGGACCUGCUCGGCCGGGUGGCGGUCGCCGACUAUUCACGGUUUCUGGCCGUCUGUGAGGCGAUUCCGGUGCCGAAGAAGCAGUUUCAGGGCGCGAAGAGGCUGUAUCCGUCGGAGCCGCUGAGACGGUGCGGGGAGUGGGCGGACGAGGCGACGAAGGCGUUGGUGGAUGAGGGGGUAAUCGUGCAGGGGGAGUGA